GGUUAGCUCCUAUUAUUUCUAAUCCUUGCCUCUGUCUCAUACCGUGACUGGUAUUACUGAAUAAUUGACAUUACUGCACAGACUAGACGUACCACGUCUUCCCUGGUAACUUCGUAUCUUGUUGGUUUUCCUCUUUUAAUUUCUCCUUAUUGGUUCACGGUAGAUUUGGGUUUACGUUAUUCCACAGGCAGUACACCAUAACACUGUGUAACUCUUGAUCCGGUCGUGCUUUGGAUUCUCACCCUUCAAGGUCGAUUUCGGGCAUUGACCUAUCGUGAUAGGAGUCCAAGAGUUAAGCUGGUCCCCUACCUGUUCGGCCAACUAUAUUGGUAGUUUUCCUACGCCUUGCCAUUUGGUCUGCCUAUUAAACCAGGACUGGGAAUAUACGGACAAUGCGAUUUCCCUAAUGGGGUCGUCAUGAAUCUUAUCCAUGAGUAGGAGACUAGACGGACUAUUCUGCGGCUUCUUUGUUUUCCGAGUAGUUUAUAGUAAGAAUUUAGUUCCACGCUGGGGAUCACUUUAACUCGUCAUAAUCCUCAUAUUUCUGCAACUCUUUGCAGCCUUGGUCAGAAUGCAUCCAGAACAUAUUUGCGAAUGUGUUGUUCCGAUUCAAGACCCCUCGAACACAAUAUCUGUUCUGUAAACUCUACUGUUUCCGUAGCUUGCCAAGUUCUCUGCAUCUUACAAAAUGCCUAAAUCUUCCUGUGCGGGAACUCGACUAAUCCCGACAAAGACUUGAUAUGCCGCGGAGUAAGACCCAUCUUUUUUUUUUUAUUCAGCGUAUGCCAGCCUACUUUGAGCCGGCCAGUGUGAAGAUCGACAUGGUUUUGCCUCAACCGCCCACGGAGAAGGAGGCAGAAGAGCUGCCACCAAAGGAACCGAUCGUCUAG